UGAAAAACGACUCACUUUAAAACACUGUAACGUCUUUGGUUACACAAUGUCGCGUGGCUAUGCGCGGUAGUGACGUCACGUUCGCCCAUUCGUUUCCGCUCCCACUUCCUGUUUCAGCUGGCGAAAACCAAAACAAACAAAGAAACUGCCAGAAUAUGCGCUCACUCGUCGGACUUCUCACGGUUGUUAUAACUGCUACUUUGUACCUUUAUUCGCUGUCUCUGUAUCUGCCCCCUGCACCGCCAAGACCUGUUCGGACACCAACCGAACAUGUCGGAACGGAAGAGUCCAAAGUGCCCGUUGGGAGCACGGAGGAGACCAGAAGGUUGAAAUUCCCAUCAGACUUGGAGGAGCUACGGGAGCUGGCGGAGCUUCUUCAGUUUUACAAGACCGAGCACACCGGAUAUGUGUUGUUGUUAUUCUGCAGCGCUUACCUUUACAAGCAGUCAUUUGCUAUUCCAGGAUCCUCAUUCCUGAACAUCUUAGCAGGAGCCAUAUUUGGCCUGCAUGAAGGUCUUCUCCUGGCUUGUGUGCUCACCACCGUGGGCUCCACCACGUGCUAUCUUCUGUCUCAGGCGUUUGGAAAACACCACAUUGUGAACCUCUUCCCUGAUAAAGUUGCCAUGCUCCAAAGGAAGGUGGAGGACAACAAGGACUGUUUGUUCUUCUUCCUGCUCUUUUUGAGGUUCUUUCCCAUGACGCCUAACUGGUUUUUGAAUAUGGCCGCCCCUGUUGUCAACAUCCCGGUGAUCUUCUUCCUCUGUUCGGUCUUCAUCGGCCUCCUUCCCUACAACUUCAUCUGCGUCCAGACUGGCGUCAUGCUGUCACAGGUGUCCUCACUGGACGACCUCUUCUCCUGGGAACGCCUCAUCCAGCUGCUGGCCAUCGCCUGCAUGGCUCUGCUGCCAGGCGCCCUCAUCCGCCGCUACAGCCGCUGGCGCCUCAAAGCGGAGCCGCAGCAGCAGAACGGAGAAAUCGCCGACAAGAAGGUCGAGUGAUUUGCCCCCUCAAAAAGCCGGACUUACUCGGCGGAUUGUUUCUAUUCGGACGACAGGGCGAACCUGAUGAUAUGAUACACACGGGAUGUAUGGAUGAGGGAGGGAAUUUUACCGUUGACUGUUUUCUUCUACCUCACGUCGCCAGUGAUGAGUUUCUGCAACAGUUUGACAAUACAAAGCAAAAAGGGAGUACACAUUUCUAUUAAAUAUGAAUGUUGUACUUGUGUAAUGUACCUGGUUUAUGGUACACACAGAUUUUUUUGUACUGUGACAUUUUUUUUAUCCAAUACAAUCUUCAUUUAUAUAGUAAGUGAAUGUAACAUUUAUGCAGGCGGUUCCUUGGGUUUUGUUCCUCGGGCUGUGAAGACAAAAGGAGGUUAGUACACAGUAUUACAAUACAAUACAAUAUUAUGCCAUCCAAUCAAAACAAGAGACUGUUUUGAUUGACACUAUCAGAGAUAUAUGUUUAUUUUUGUACUUGGAAGUGGAGUUUUGUUCCUCUCAUGUAGCUAAUUAUUAUUAUUACUAGAAAUACAGUAAACCUCGGAUAUAUCGGACUCGGAUAUAUCGGAAAUUCGCUCACAACGGACAGAUAAAAAAGAACCAAUUUUUCUGUAAUGCAUUUCCAAUAAAAAUUCAUUGCAUAUAUCGGAUUUUUUAUAACGGAUUUCGCCUAUUUCGGACAAAAUCUCCAGUCCCGUUCCAAUGCAUUUCCAUUAAAUUUCCCUCGCAUAUAUCGGAUGGCCGCAUCGUGGCGCUCAGAUUCGCCGAAUCGUGACAGGCCGCUAUACGACGUCAUUUGCAGCGUUUGCAGCGUUGCCUGCGCGUCCAGGUACAUUGGAAACAUAGUCAAGGAAGUGCCUUUUUAUAACGGAUAAAAUCCGAUUUACGCAUAUACCGGAUAUAAAUCCGAUAUAUGCGUAAAACGGACAUUUUCCGGUAUACGCAUAUAACGGACUUCGCUUAUAUCGGACAAAACCAGUGGGAACAAUUGAAUCCGAUAUAUCCGAGGUUUACUGUAUUAUAAACGGGCUGCAAUUGACAGGUGACCAGUCCAGGGUGUACCCCGCCUCACAUUCAAAAUCAGCUGGGAUAGGCUCCAGCAUACUCAAGUGAGUCUACUGCGGACAAGCAGUGUAGAAAAUGAAUGGGGAUAAUUAUAUAUGAAAUAUUGCCUAAUUUACAAUAUUUUUCAAAGCUGGCAACAAUCAUAAUAAAAAAGCCAGGACAAGAAUAUGAUGCAAAUUGUGUUUAUUGCUCAGAUUCAGGUCGCUCAGCAAUAAGAGUUCACACUCACAACUCAAACAACAGUAUGCUCGGAACCAGAAAGGCAUGGAUUCCACCAUAAGUGGAGAAACAAUAAUCGAAUGUCAGUCCAGCGCACAGUCAUCCAUGACCUUGAGGUGUUUCGGACCUCUGGGCCCGUGGGACCUUUGAGGGGUUUCACCUAUCACACACACACACAC